UAAUGCAGUCAUUGUUGGCAGUGUUCAGCUGUGUGUGAAUAAAGAAGAGUAAAUGAUGGAUCUUCAGAAUCCCAGCAGCGAAGAAGGACCUCCUGUCCUAAAGGAGAAGAGAGCAGCAUCUCCAGCCCCCAGUGGAGUGUCUAUGAAGAGUGAAGGGUCCAUGGUGGAUCCUCCAGGGUUCAGCAGUGGAGGAGGAAGCUCUGGGUCUCGAACUGAAACCCAGAGAGCAGCUUCUCCAGAGCCCAGCUGUGUUUCUAUGAAGAGUGACCAGUCCUUGAUGGAACCUCUAGCGUUCAGCAGUGAAACGGUGACCUCUGACCCACAUAAGGAGAAAAUAAACAAUUACAGGGAAAAACUGGACCACAUAUUCAAGGAGCUGCAGCAGAAGUUUAUCUCUCUAGUGAAGAACGAGCUGAACACAUUCAAGAAGAUCCUGAGUUCAGAUUACCCAGCAUGCUCUGAGAGAGAGGAGGAGGAUGAUCAGAGAGAGGGGGUGCUGAUGAUCACACUGCACAUCCUGAAGAACAUGAAGCAGACAGACCUCGCUAACACACUAGAGAGCAAAGUAGCCCCAGCAUGUCAACAAAAGCUCAAAUCCAAACUGAGAGAUAAAUAUCAGAGUUUUAAUGAAGGAAUUUCAGGCUAUGGAAACUCAGCACUCUUAAAUGAGAUUUACACCGAAGUCUACAUCACAGAGGGAACAUCAAGGAACAUCAAUCAAGAACAUGAGGUGAAGCAGAUUGAAGCUGCAUCCAGGAAAAAAACAACACAGGAAAGACCAAUCAAAUGCAACGACAUCUUUAAACCCUUACCAGAGCAGAACCGGCUCAUCAGAACUGUACUGACUAAAGGAGUUGCUGGAAUUGGAAAAACCGUCUCUGUGCAGAAGUUCAUUCUGGACUGGGCUGAAGGAGAAGUUAAUCAGGAUGUUCUCUUCAUAUUUCCACUUCCUUUUAGAGAGCUGAAUCUGAUGAAGGAAAAGAAGCUCAGUGUAGUACAUCUUCUUCAGAGCUUCUUCCCAGAAACACAAGAUUUAAAACCAAACCAUUAUAAGAGCUACAAGAUCAUGUUCAUCUUUGAUGGUCUGGACGAGUGUCGACUGCCUCUGGAUUUCCAGAACAAUGAGAACUUGGAGGAUAUAGAAGAACAAACCUCAGUGGAUGUUCUGCUGACGAACCUCAUCAAGGGGAAUCUGCUUCCCUCUGCUCUCCUCUGGAUCACCUCUCGACCAGCGGCGGUCAGUCAGAUCCCUCCUGAAUGUUUUGAUCAGGUAACAGAAGUGCGGGGUUUCAGUGACCCUCAGAAACAGGAAUACUUCAGGAAGAGGAUCAGUGAUCCGGACCUGGCCAACAAAGUCUUCACACACAUCAGGUCAUCAAGAAGCCUCUACAUCAUGUGCCACAUACCAGUCUUCUGCUGGAUUACAGCCACUGUUCUAGAGAGAAUGCUGAGUGAAGCUGAGAGUGGAGAAAUCCCCAAAACACUGACGCAGAUGUUCACACACUUCCUGAUCUUUCAGAUCAAACACAAGAGCCAGAAGUACAGUGGAAGUAGUGACACUGAUCCUCAGCAGACUAGAGAAAGUAUUCUGGCUCUGGGGAAACUGGCGUUCCAGCAGCUGGAGAAAGGAAACCUGAUCUUCUAUGAGGAAGAUCUAAAAGAGAGUGGCAUCGAUAUUAGAGAAGUAUCAGUGUACUCAGGAGUGUGUACCCAGAUCUUCAGGGAGGAACAUGAGCUGCACCUGGAAAAGGUCUUCAGCUUUGUACAUCUAAGCAUUCAGGAGUUCCUCGCUGCUUUAUAUGCAUUUCUCAAGAGAAAACUUCCAAAAGAACAAUCCACUGAACAACAAACCAGUAAAGCUUUCAAGCUUUUCAGCAGGUCAACGAUGACUGGCUUCCUCAACAGAGCUGUGGACAGAGCCUUACAGAGUGAGAGUGGACACCUGGACCUGUUCCUUCGUUUCCUUCUGGGUCUCUCGCUGAAGUCUAAUCAGAAUCUAUUACAAUGCAUACUGACACAGACAGAGAAGAUCUCUCACAACAACGAGACAGUCAGAUACAUCAAGAAGAAGAUUGAGGAGAACUCCUCUCCAGAGAAAUCCAUAAAUCUGUUCCACUGUCUGAAUGAACUGAAUGAUCACUCUCUAGUGCAGGAAGUGCAGAAAUACCUGAGUGGAGGUGGUGACUGUCGUCUUCAUCAGGCCAGGCUCUCUCCUGCUCAGUGGUCAGCUCUGGCAUUUGUGAUAGUGAACUCAGAAGAAGAGCUGGAUGAGUUUGACCUCAGAAAAUACGAUCCAUCAGAGGAGUGUUUUCUGAGGCUGCUGCCAGUAGUGGAAAUAUCCAGAAGAGCUGUACUAGCUUCAUGUAAUCUUGGAGGAAAGAUGUGUGAAUCUCUAGGAUCAGUUUUAAACCUGGAAAACUCCUCCCUGAAAGAGCUAGACCUCAGUAACAAUGACCUGCAGGAUUCAGGAGUGGAGCUGCUCUCUACUGGACUAAAGAGUUCACACUGUAAACUGCAGAUUCUGAGACUAGCUUCAUGUCAUUUUGGAGGAAAGAUGUGUGUAUCUCUGGGAUCAGUUUUAAAGCUGGAAAACUCCUCCCUGAAAGAGCUAGACCUCAGUAACAAUGACCUGCAGGAUUCAGGAGUGGAGCUGCUCUGUAAUGGACUGAAGAGUUCACACUGUAAACUGCAGAUUCUGAGUUUAUCUGGAUGUAUGAUCACAGACAAAGGUUGUCAUUCUCUGGCUUCAGCUCUGAGUUCAAACCCCACCUACAUGAAAGCACUGGAUCUAACCUACAAUUACCCAGGAGAGUCAGGAAUAAAUGUGCUCUCAGCCAGACUGAAGGAUCCACACUGUAAACUGGAGACUCUCAGAGUGGAACAUCGGGGGAAGAUCAGAAUCAGACCUGGUUUUAAAAAAUACGGCUGUGAUUUCACACUGGAUCCAAACACAGCACACCCUGAUCUCUCUCUGAGUGAGGAGAACAGGAGGGUGGAGUGUAGACUGAAGCUGCAGUUGUAUCCUGAUCAUCCAGAGAGGUUUGAUUAUUAUCCGCAGGUUCUGAGUAGAGAGAGAGUUACUGGGCGCUGUUACUGGGAGGCUGAGUGGAGUGGGAGAGGAGUUGCUGUAGCUCUGAGUUAUAAAACCAUCAGCAGGAAAGGAGACGGAUCAAACUGUGGGUUUGGACUUUAUUUAAACUCCUGGAGUCUGUUCUGCUCUGAUUACAGUUACUCUGUUUAUCACAAUAAUAAGAGAACUGUUCUCCCCCCUCCUCCCUCCGGCUGUAGGAGAGUAGGAGUGUAUGUGGACUGUCCCGCCGGCACUCUGUCCUUCUACAGAGUCUCCACUGAUACACCCUCACACACUCUCACACACUUACACACACCCUCACACACUCUCACACACUUACACACAUUCUACACCACCUUCACUCAGCCCCUCUAUGCAGGGAUUGGGGUUUAUUAUGGCUCCUCAGUGACUCUGUGUAAAAUAAAAUAACCCUGUGUGUAACAGAGUGUGUGUGUGUGUGUGUGUGUGUGUUUGUGUGAGGGAGAAUGUGUGUAUAGAUGUAAGUAUGCAAAUAUUAUAUAUUGUAAUAUAAUACAGGAAGUUGAUCAAACCUGCACCUAACAACUGGAGUUAUGCAUAGGGCUCAGCCAGGAUCUACUACUUACUCAAUUAACAACAACCACAACAAUCUGAUACUGGCUUGACAAGGAUCCAGAAGCACAGCCUUUCACUAUGUCCGUUGACCUACCGAAAAAAUGAUCGAAAGAACAUGCUCACUUCCUUUAACUAUGGCAACAACACACCAACCAGCACCCUACCUACCUAAGCACAAUCACACACAAUAAUUGACACAGAACACAGCAACCACUACCAUCUGAUACUGGCUCGACAAGAAUCCAGAAGCAUAGCGAACUAUGUUCAUGGUCCGUGCCUCAACUGCCAAGUAGACCUUUGCAGCAGGACCACACCCAGCCAAUCAGCCAAUAUAUAUAUAUAUAUAUGAUUAAAUAAAAUUUCCAGAAUGUUUAUUUUAAUUACUGGUGUCUUUAUUUACUACUGUUAUUACUUAUUCUGUAAUUAUUGAUAAUUGUUGUUUCUUCAUAAUAUUUUUUUUGUAAGUGUUGAUGUAAUGUUUUGACAAUAACAUACAGUCAUGACAGUAAAGCUACUGUAAGGUGUUGUUGCUUGUGCUGGCCUCUAAGUGGGAACAGAUGUGCUACACCUAGCUUUUUUUUUUUCUAUUUCCUGCUGCUGCUCACCCAGGAAGGCACAGUGUUGUGUACUUUCUCUGAAGAUGAGACAUGCAGUGUGGUGUUCUGUAAUUAAUCUUUAUCUUUUAAAAAUAUGCAUCAAUUAAUAUUUUGUACAGAUUAACACUAUACUGUAUAUUAUAUUCUGUUUAGUGUAUACAUUUUAUUGUAUUUUUGUGUUCUACUUGAGUAUUUAUUGUUUAAUAUUUCAGUUAAUGUGGUGUAUUUCUGGAAGUUUAAAUAAUUUGUUUUACUAGUUAUAGAGAUGCGAGGACCAGUUUUAAAUGCAGAUUUUUGGUUUAAAUCGGUAUAUACAUUUAUUUUAUUUUAAUACAAUCUGUGUGUUAUUUUAGAGUUAUUUUUUGGGGUAAUGUUAAAUUGUGAAUAAAAUUGAAUAAUUGCACUGAUUUAA